UGCUCUCGAUUUGCUCCAUAUUGCUCUGCAAUUCGUUUUUUAUUUUAUAGUAGGGGAUUGAUUGUGUAACUUAAAUGUGGUGAAAAUCCGAAAAUUGAAUAGCUGUUAGCCAAUCGUUGUGCUUGUCUUCUCUUGAACCUAAUAUGCGAUUGGCUAUCUUUCCGCGCUAACUUCCCGACGUUAGAUAACAUGCAGUCAUUCAUCUUUUUAGUCAUCUUCAGUUUUCACUGACUGAUUGCCGGUAAAACAGAAAGGUUGGUGACGUCACGUUAACAUUUCAGGGAAAAUUCAAGAGAUGGAAACACCAUCGGAAGUAAAGUUUUAUAUUCUGCGCUGCUUUGACGUUUUAGAAUUUUACAAAAUAACUAUCUUUUUGUUGACGAUUCUUUCGUGCGAAUAAGGCAACGUAAACGAUGAACGUAGACGUCGAGAGUGACGGAGAAUCCAGCGACUCUAUAGAUGCAAAUAAUGGCUUAGAGAUAGCAGCGAGAACAGGACCGAAUGUAGCACCGUUUUCAAUUAACAACCCUACGGAAGGUCCUCCGGACAGCACUUUUGAUUUAACUUUACCAGCUACACAUUCUUAUUUGGGAAACAACCUGGAGGAGUUACGUGGAAGGACAAUAUUGGAUGAUGGAAUUUAUAUGAACCUACCUCUGUUAGUAAAACAGUCAAUAAUAUUUCCGGGGCAGACUCUUCCAAUGACAAUUUUUGAUAAACCGACCAUAGACAUGCUUCAAAAAUGUAUCCAGAGUGACCGUACGUUUGGUGUGAUUUGUUUGAAUUACAAUGAAAAAGUGGCAAUUGGUACAACAGCAGAGAUUUAUCAAUAUAUGGAAGGCAACGAAGCAGAAGGAUUCCGUGUAAAAGCAAAAGGCAGACAACGUUUUAAAAUCCUACAAGUCAUACAGGGAUAUGGAAAAAGAUCAGCGAACGUGAAGAUUCUUCCUGAAAUCACACUUGGACAUCCUUUUCUAGACGCUCGACUAGCUUCUCUAGAUAACCUAAGACUAACACCGAAAAAUCUCGAAGAGGAACGUAAGCUAGAUCGUAUAGAAAGAAUGGAUGCAGCAGUAACACCUUGGCCAGCCUGGGUAUAUAAGCAGUACGAUCCAAGAAGAUUAUCCCUAAAAAUAAAACAGUACCUUCAGUUCAUAGAGACACGAGGUAGCAACAUACCAGAGGAUCCUGUAGAGCUAUCCUUUUGGAUACCACAUAAUUUGUUGUUGGACGACAGCCAAAGAAUAAUGUUGCUAAAUUACGACUGUGCAAUAUCCAGGCUGCAACGCGAACUUGCUUACCUAGACAAGGACAGAAUUUUUGAGUGUCGUAACUGCAGCAGCAUGAUCUGUAAACAGUCUGACAUGUUUCCAAUGAGCAAAGAAGGACCACAAAGUGCAUAUUGCAAUUUGGGUGGAGUUAUACACGAGACAAUUACAGUUUACAAAGCAUACAACUUGGUGCAAAGCAGAGAACCAGCUUCGACAGAGUACAGUUGGUUUCCAGGAUACGCGUGGACUAUAGCACUUUGUACAGGAUGUGGCAUGCACAUAGGAUGGUUAUUCACUGCUGUUCAAAAAGGCCUGAGGCCCGAAGCCGUAUGGGGUCUUACAAGAAAAAGUCUAAGAUCGCGUACAAGACGUAAUAAAAAAAGAAGUGAGUCUCCAGGAUAUUGAGUUUCUUUUCACGAGGAAUCAGCGACAUUCUGAAGACCCUAAAUACUCGCCUUUACGAUAUCCACUUUUAAGACUAUGUUGCAUAUAUCUGGAUACUAAUUGAUGUUGAACAACAUAAAAAACAAAGGACGCUAUUAUAAUCGGCAUAAAUAUCUAAGACUACUUUUACAGCCUUUAAAAUCUAUAGCAUUGGCCGAUAUGCAAAUAAGAUAUGAUAUACCACUUGGAAUAUCUUGUAUUACUUUAUCAUGACGUCUCACCGUAUUGUGGAAUGAAAGCAAUUGGAUCUACAAUAAAAGUAAAUAUUUAUAUCCGAUAUAAAACAUUGCCUAUUAUAUCUCCAAGUAUAUUGGGAUUGGUUCGGUUUUGGAUUGAUGUGAAAUAUAAAUAAAAAAGUACAACUGA